CGAAAACUUUUCCGCGAUUCCCUACUUCACCCGUUGCUCGUUACAGGAUUUGGGUGUUUAAUCUGUUUGGAUUUUGGACCAUAUCCUCAACACCCCAUGACUCAACAAAAAAUCAGGCGAAACUCAACUCAUAAAGCAUUAUGCAAAUAACCUCCAUGGCUUCUGCAAUUCGUAUUACCUCUCCCCUUUGUUCAUAUUCAUCAACGAGUAAGCAUCCUACUCUCUGCGCCCUAUCUACUUCUGUGCAAUCAUACCCCAAAACCAAGAGCAUUUGUGUACCCAAAUGGAUUCCUCAACUGGGUCUGACCCGCUUCUCGUCUUGCAAUGGUUUAAGGCAUCUGGGUACCUCAAUCUCACCGCGACCUGUAAAGAUAGAAAGGAACCGACGGUGUAAAAGUAAGGGUGUGUAUGCAUCUUUAUUUGGAGUUGGGGCUCCUGAGGCUUUGGUGAUUGGAGUGGUGGCUUUGUUGGUUUUUGGUCCCAAAGGGCUAGCUGAGGUUGCUCGGAACUUGGGGAAAACUUUGCGUCAAUUUCAACCCACAAUCAGAGAGCUUCAGGAAGUUUCAAAGGAAUUCAAGAGCACCCUUGAACGAGAGAUUGGUCUUGAUGAAAUCCAAGGCUCUACACCAAACACGUACAGCUCAAACGCAACCAGAACUUCCUCAACUCCUUCAUCAAUCUUGAGUCCUGAAGAUUCUCAGACGGUGGUUGACCCAAAUGGUGCACCUUCUCCAAACAAAGCAUACUCCACCGAAGACUACUUGAAGAUAACAGAGGAGCAGCUGAAAGCAGCUGCUGCCCAACAGCAGGCACAAACAUCCCCUGCAGGAGAAAGCAAGUCAGAACUGCAAACUCGGCCACAAGAUGCUGUUCAAGAAGCUGCUGCUGUGAUGCCUCCAGACCAGAAGCCUAAAAGUGAGACAUGAAGCUUCCGUGCAAGAAGAAUUCCUCCAAUUUCUUCCUUUCAAGUUUUGAUUGCCCUGAUAGUCCUCAAGUGCGUUUUAAAGGACGACGAUGAAGUUUAGGAAUUUAUAAGCCCAUUUUGGGGGUAUGCAUUUGUAUAUUAGUAACCCAUUACAAGAGAGAAAACCAAAAUAUCUGGGCUAUGGUUUUUUCUCUCUCUUGUAUACGUACAUUUUAUUCUGCUGUAGUUUUCAUAGUGAAUUAGUAAGUCAUGGAUGCUGCUUCAUGAACUUUGAAUUGAUGUCCCCUCCAGGAUCAUAUUACAAAAGGACAUCAAUGUCCCCUCCGUUUAUUUGAGUUGAAAGGAAAAAAUCACAAAAUAA